CUCAUGCCGUUUGGCCAUCAUGGGCUCGCAGCCUCCGGAGUUCUCCCCGGCAGAUAACCCUGCGGCGGACUGCGACUCCCCGGCGGUGCGCUCCCUCACCUUUUUCUUCCUGCCGGCGUUCAACGCAUGGCUGCUGCUGUGCCCCUACACGCUCUCCUUCGACUGGUCCAUGGAGGCCAUCCCCCUCAUCACCUCCAUCGCAGACCCGAGGAACCUGGCCUCCUUUGCGCUCUAUGCCGUGCUGGCCCUCCUGGCCAUGACGGUGCUGCUGUCGCUGCGGCGGCGUCGCCCCGGAGAAGACGCAGCCGGCGGCGAGACCACGACGUCGGGCGACGUGACCGUGAUGGGCCUAGCUCUCAUGCUACUGCCCUUCCUGCCCGCCACCAACCUAUUCUUUUACGUGGGCUUCGUCGUGGCCGAACGCAUCCUGUACAUCCCGUCCAUGGGUGCGUGUCUCCUGGUGGGCUGGGGCGCCCACCUUCUGCACGCACGCGCCCGCACCGUCCGCGCACGCCGCCUACUGCACGGGGCAUUAAUUAUCCUCUUUUUGCUCUUUGCCGCCCGCACGUGGAGUCGCAACCGUGACUGGGCAACGGAGGAGAACCUUUACCGCUCAGGCAUCGCAAUCAACCCGCCCAAGGCGUACGGCAACCUGGCCAACAUCCUAAGUUCCCAGGGCAAGAAGGAGGAGGCAGAGUGGGCCUACAAGAAGGCUCUGUCCUACCGAUCCAACAUGGCGGACGUCCACUAUAAUCUAGGUAUAUUGUUUCAAGAACAAAAGCGGUAUGAAGAAGCUCUGCAAGAAUAUAAACUAGCGAUACAGUUUCGGCCGAGGAUGGCAAUGGCGCACCUCAACAUGGGCCUCGUGCUGGGUCUGAUGGGGCAGAAGGUGGAGGCGGCGGAGGUGUACCGGCACUGUUCGCAGCUGGACGGGUCCGGCCUGAAGGACCCCCGCACGCACGAGGCCACCAAGAUCUCCGCCCUCUUCAACCUCGGCAGACUCUACGCUGACGACGGGAACUUCGAGCGGGCCAUCGGGGUGUACCAGGAGGCCGUCGAGAAGAUGCCGCCGCAUUACCAGCCGCAGAGUCUGUACAACAUGCUGGGUGAGGCCUUUUUCAAGCUUGAGAAGUUUGACGAUGCCGAGAGAUGGUACCUGGAGGCGCUGAAGGUGAAGGCUGACCACGUCCCCGCCCAUCUCACCUACGGAAAGCUACUCGCCAAGAUGCAACGGAUCGGAGAGGCCGAGGAGUGGUUCGAGCGCGCCAAGACUCUCGCGCCCAACGACUCCACCGUCCACCAGCACUUCGGUCAGUUCCUGUCGGAAGUGGAGAGGCACGAGGCGGCGGCCGACCACUACGUGAAGGCGGCUCAGCUGGCGCCGUCGGAGUACGAGAUCAUCUUCAACGCCGCCAACACGCUGCGUCAGGCGGGUCGCAACAAGCAGGCAGAGGAUUAUUACAGACAGGCGGUUCUCCUUAGACCUCAGGAGGCGACUUCUCACAUGAACCUGGGCGCCAUGCUGCACGUCAACGGCAAGCUCCUCGAGGCCGAGUCUAGCUACCUGGAGGCUCUGCGCCUCAAGCCUGACGAUUCCAUCACAAGGACCAACCUGCAGAAGCUCAGACACUUGUUGGCGAAGAAGGGGAUCAGCCCCUCCAGAUAGCCGAGUGACGCCCAUCGAGGACAUCCGACCCCCAAAAGAAAGUAAAACGAAAAAGAAAAAAAAUAUUUGUGAUAACCACGAGCAACAGCAGCGAUGAGCGGUAGCGUUGCAUGUUCUAGUAAUCGUUCUCGAUGUGAGUGUGUGACGGCUUCUCGGGCGUGGAAGCCACCUGUCCGGUGGGCGGCGGCGGCGUCUCUGUCAGACAGUGGCAUCCGGCCCCUACGUCCGCGGGGAUCGCUCAGGCCUCAGUCCUGAGCCUCGCUCAACACCGAGCCAAGGAGUACACUCGCAGGAGGCGGCCCGGCAAUCGUGAUGGCAACCAUGGACUCAAGUUGCUCACCAAAACAGAAUGCUCAAGCUCAUCCUCGUCUUCAGGUCGUACUCAAGAUGCCAGCCUUUCAAGUCCAGUGAGAAGAUGGCCGUUAUGAGCCUUGGCCGGCGGUUCGCCCAGGCCCACUCCCCUACUCACUACAUAGCGGGAAUGAGCCUGAGUGAGACGGUAACUCGGGAUCAUAACAGCCGAUCUAGUCACAGCUAGAGAAGUAGGAACACCUCGAGGUUCAUCAAGUCACCCCUGAACACGGCUCAAGGAAAAGGAGACCAACGGCGGAGCGACAGAGUGGAGGCGGAGGUCCAGGAGGCCGAGGCUCGAGCGAAAGGCCCUCCCUUGCGCAGGCCAGCGGGCGCAGAGGCCGGACACGCGCUGCGGACCCUCCUCAGCGCCCUCGGCCGCGCGACGGAGACGUCCGCGCAUCACAACCUCAAAUCAUCGGCGUGGUCAGUCUGUGAGCCAAGGAUGAAUUCGACGCUGUCGGCCGACCCUUCAUCUUGGACGAUGGAUUCGAAAAGCAAGUCUCAAACCCUUGUGUUUCAGAACGUUCGUAUAUUAAGAAAAGAAAAUGGUCUUGGAAUCCCGACGCAAAACGUGCCGCAGUCAAGAGAGAGGCGCGGUUUUAUGAUUUUUGGCAACGAAAAAAUACACGAAAAAGUGUUCAUUCCAGAGUGACAAAGUAUCGUCUUCCUCUACUUGGCUUGACCUGGAGGUCUUGCUCUGUCGCCUCUCCUAAGUCAGUGUCAAUAGAGCUUCCCUCAGUGCCAAACACUUAUCAGAUCAGGAAACAGUGCCAAAAUCCUUCACCGGCAUAUCUCAAAAUUAUUACCCGAUUAUUACCCGAUCUGAUAUUCCCCUCUCCUGAAACACAAAAUGAAAGAAACGAAAGAAACCCAAUCCCGCUCAGGCUGGAGUUUCCCAUUUCGGAGAAAAAGCCUCGGCCAUUUCUCGUAUCCAGAAGUUGUUCCUUAAUGAUUUUCAUUUACAUCACUAUCUCUUCAUAAUCCAGUGGACGGGUACCAUCAGCGGAGACAGUUCAGUAGUGUUCCUUUUUUUUGUGUUCUUUCUGUGGUGUGCGU